UUCGUAACGUGGGUCAGAUGUAUUUGUAAGCAUUGAGGACGAAAAGGCUCCCGUGUCUUGCUACUCCAUGGCCAUGGCGACCUCCAGCAGAAGUGAAGAUCUUUUAGGCCAGAAAUGGGACCGAUGUGUGGCAGAUACACUCAUCAAAAUCGGUGGAGGCCUCACUCUGGGAGUCGUUUUCUCAGCUAUAGUAUUUAAAAGACGACCUUGGCCAUUGAUUUUUGGAAUGGGAGCCGGUAUGGGAAUGGGAUAUUCCAACUGCCAGCAUGAAUUUAAUCAACCAUUUCUUGUCAAAGCAGAUAAGAUAUUAGUCAAGCCAAAGUCACAAGGCAACUCAGAGCAACCUGCAGCUGAGGCAAACUGAUGCAAUGACACAUUAUGCAUUUAUUAUAUCUGUAUAGUGAGAUUUUCAGUUUAAUCUUCAGCUGUAAGGGUUUGUCAUUAUAGGUUUACAAAACUAUCAAAUGUAUAUAGUUAAAUUUUCUAAUAAGUAUUGCAAGUGUAAAACUGUGAAUAGAGUACAUACAUGAUUGUUGAAACCUGUGCUGCCUAACAGAUGGAAUUUAAAGUCAGCAGUAAUUAAAGUAUUUGGAACACUUAAGUGAGUGCAUUCCUGAUAAUAUUUAUUUGUACUUAUGUCUAUUACAUCACAUAGAAAAAUUCUUAAAAUUACGUAACUUAGUAUGUAUCACAAACAAGAGGUUGAUGCAUCCCUGAUGUGUUCAGAUAACUUGUGACAUUACAGAAUGGCACACUUUUGAUGGCAACAAAAUUGACACGACUUCUGUUCCAUGGUGAGAGUGAAAUGGGCACUGGGGAAAGAAAUAUCCAUCAAUAAUAAAAAUAUAUCCUUCAU